AAAAAAAACAUUCAUUACCCUUCCUUUCACAAUUUCAACAAACACAGUAACACAACCCCAGCAACAAUAUCGACAAAACAACAAUAAUAUCAACCAGGGACGCCCAUCAAAACUCGGAUCACCGGAUAAUUAAGAAAUCUGGUGGUUUUCACCUUUCCUCUCGUUUGUCCUCUCUUGUCACCUUUCCAUCAUUUUUUUGUUGAAGUAAAACAAAGUUCAAGGCCUUGCGAUUUCUGAAAAUAGGAGGGAAUUGAGUAUCAGCAGUUUCAAGAUGUUUUUUCCUUCAAUUCGACUGCUACCGAGAUUAAACCAAUAGUUCCAAGCCUCUCCGCCUCCAAACCGUCACUCGUCUCUCAAAUCGGCCAAAAAGGUGUUACCAUUGAAGUGUUGAGAUAUAAGCACCGUAACGAUCCCGAAAAGAUUGUGGAAAUAAUGAAAAAGAAAGGAUUGACAAAAACUUCAUCUCCCACAAAAUUUCAAAAAUCAGUGAAAAGGAAAAAGUCGGAUGAAAAAGGAGAAUGUAGUAAAAUUGCAAGUCCCGUUGCAUCAGAUUCUGAAUCUGAACAAGAGAAGGUGGAGAAGGUCAUUCGUGAUCAAAUAUUCAUGGCCCGGGUAUUGCUCAAAUUUACUCCUCAUAUAGAAUGUCAUAUGGUCAAUGACAUUGAAGACCGUAUUAAGACAAUGUUGACGAAGAGUCAGUACAAGAUAUUUUGUACUAAAAGUAUAUUUGGUUUCUUCAUGAAGAAGAAAGAUUGUGUAGUCCAAGCCCAGCUAGGGAGAUGCAUCAUGUCACUUGAAACUAGGGAAAGUUCUGCAAGUGCCAUAGUCAUUCGAGCAAAGGGCACAAUUCUUCAUUUCACUAUUAGAGAGUUUGCUUUGGUGAUUGGUUUGAAUUGUGCUACAAAUAAAGAUGAAUUUGUGCUUGACGAGGAGCGCCCAAAUAGAAUUAUUGAUCAAUAUUUUGAUGGUGAGAGUUUUGUACAGAAAAAAGAUUCAUAUGCUGUUGUUUCUGACAAAAUUUGGGGGAAUGAUAACGAUGAAGAUGCGUUAAAGUUUGCCAAUUUGUAUUUUAUUCACGCAUUCUUACUAUCGUCAGUUGAUACCGCACUUUGAUUUAGUUGAGAGUGGUCGCUACAGUGAUUAUCCGUGGGGAUCAGUUGCAUUUGAAGAAUUAGCUAGAAGUUUGCAUAAAAAGUUGAAGCCGAAAGGAAAGUUUUAUAUGCUUCUUGGAAUGCCAUUGGUCAUUCAAAUUUGGUUGUACGAAUGUUGUUCAAAAGUGCCUCGUAAUGUUGCUUCCAAGGUGGAUUCUCAAAUCCCUCGUAUUUUGAAUUGGAAUACAAAUUCUCCUCGUCCAAGAUAUGAAACUCUUAUGGGAAGUAUGUUUGAUGAUACAAAUGACAAGGUUGUUUUUAAGAAUAUCGAGCCAACAAGAAAGGAGAUUUCAGCUUUUCAUAUAUCGAAGAAGCUUGUUCCUGGAUCUGCUAGUCAUAAUGAAGAUGACGUUGAUUCGGAUGAUGAUUUUUAGGAUCCUCCACAAAGACAAAAUCAGUUUACCACAAAGAAAAAACAUCAUGGCGAUUUCUCAGCUUCACCUGUAAAGAAAAAAAUGAAGCCACAUCCUAAAGGUGUAGAUGAGCUGAUAUCAAAACGGACCCCUCCACCCCGUGCUGCAAAGAUGUCUUUUGUUAGGACUCCAAUUCACAAGCCAAUUCAAAUAAAAGUUACGCUAUGUGGAAAUAAGAAAGACAUAAACCAACCUGACAGUAAAAAAUCUAUUCCGGUUCAGUCACCUGUUCGUUCAGUUCUGAAAAGAUGAAGACGGUGUUGUCUCGAAGAAAGUCUUUGAUAAGUUUUGUGAAAAGGUAUGACAAGAGUUUAAUGAUGUCCGUGGCCUAGUGUCUUCCAGGUUUGAUCAGAUGAUGAAUGCAAUCAAUGAAAAUAAGAAACAAGCAAAAGGCAGCGAAUCUGAUCAUCCACCAGCGGAUGAAAACGUUAAGAGUACAUCACCCCAUCAAGCGACUACAAAGUUUGUUCAUGAGUUUAAUAGGAAUCCUGAAGGCACAUUGGUUCCCGAAGAGAUGGCAGGAUAUCAAAGCAACAGUAUGAAUGAUGUGUAUAAUGAGAUUGAUGGGUACAAUGAGGAUAAUGACAUUGUUCUGAUCACAAAAUCAGUUGACGAAAGUAUUGGUGAAGCACAAAUAUCAGAAUCUCAACUCACAUUUUCAGAUAACGUCCUUAGAAGCAUUGAUCUUGACUCCAUAACAAAAGCCAAUGUUGAAGUUGAAGAUGAGUUCAAGAACAAAGAAGGUGCGAUCGAGAUGAAUGUAAAUACACCAGCGGGACAUGAGUCAGAGGUUAAUGAUGUGGAUAAUUCAAAGUUAGAUCAGCAAUAUAAGAGUGCAGUCCACAUUCCUGCGGUAGUAAAUAUUGAAAGCAAUGCUGAUCAACAUUUGUCUGACUCUCAGAA